CUUGCUGCUAAGUGUUGACCCGUUGACAUCUGACCUGUUGACCUCUGACCUGCGCAUACUCAAAACAGUCCGCCAGUCGGCUUUCAUUGUUAGUUUGUAUUUGCUGUUCGCCUUAGCAGCAAGCAGCUAUGUUGAGAGCAGUUAUAAGUUGGAUAGACAGAUAGCACCAUGCUUGCGACAUAUAUUUCAAAUGGGGCAGACAGAACGAAAGAAAAUUGACGUUUGAAAACGAAAAAAGAAAAAAAAAAGGAGUUAAAAACAAUAUUCAUAUAUUUAUACAUACAUCCACACACACAUUUUAUAUAUAUAUAUAUAUAUAUAUAUAUAUACAUAUAUAUAUAUAAAGACAGCAAUAUUUUGGAUUUAUCAUUUGUUUAUUUCUCUGAAUAUAUAUACAAAUAUGUAUUUGUAUAAUCCAUAAGUUAAUUCGAAUAUUGGAGCAUACGAUCUCAAAAUCUAAGCCUGAUUUCAAAUCAAGCACAUUUUCACCCCCAAACGACCAGAUAUAAACGAAAAAAAAAAAUUAAGAAAAGGGAAACCAACAAACGAAGAGAAGAGACAAAUAUAAGAAGUAGUCAAAAUGAAUAGUUCUGUGAACGGUUUCAGUACGGAAGACGACAGCCGGAGUGGGCAUGAUCAGAUCUGCAGCCUUAUAGAUGAUGGUGAGCGCUGCAGGCGUCCAGCAGGUAAUGCAAGCUAUAGCAAACGGAUACAGAAGACAGUGCAACAGAAAAAAUUAAAACUGACGAGGGAUGAUUGUGUUUCUCAUAUCUACAUUUGCGACUAUCAUAAAAAUGUCAUUCAUAAUGUUCGCUCAAAGCGGAAGAGGAAAGAUAGUGAAGACGAUCGUGGAUCACUAGAGGGUGACGAAGAGAUACCAGAGAUUGACUUUUUCCAAAUGCCUGUAAACACACUUCGUCGAUACAGACGGCAUUAUAAGUUACCUACUCGGCCCGGAACUAAUAAGGCCCAGUUAGCUGAGAGUGUGGCUCGGCACUUUAAAACAAUUCCCGUGGCAGAGAAAGAAACUUUGACAUUCUUCAUUUACAUGACAAAGAAUUUCAAAAGCAGAUUUGACCAGAAACACAUCGAAACAGCUCCAAGCUAGGGGACUAUAGAACACAUCUGUGUCAUUCAUUAUUAUUAUUAUUAUCAUUAUUAUUAUUAUUAUUAUUAUUAUUAUUAUUUACUACUACUACAACUAUAAGUGCUACUACAAGUACUAUUAUUAUUAUUUUUAUUAUUUUAAUUUUCGUUGUUAUUUUUUCUUAUGAAGGAUGGAAGUUUGAGAAUGAGAUAAAACCAAUCCAAGACCAGUGCUUUUGAUGGGUGUUGGUGGUGGUGGUUGCGAUGUUGGGGCAGUGGUUGUUAUGAUGGUGAGAGAAAUGAUAAUAUUGAUUAUAAUGAUAAUAAUAAUAAUAAUAAUAAUAAUAAUGGGAGGAUGGACAUGAAGAAUCUGUUCUUCUUGCUUUCCUUCUAAGCACACAGCCAUGCCACACGCCCUUCCCCACUCCACCCCAUCCCUCUUCCUACAUUUUUAAAAAAAAUAUAAAACACAAAAAUAAAGCAACAACAAAAGUUUGAAUGACUAAAAAACUAAGAAAAGGGAAAACAUACAUUGUUAAAGAAGACUUAUGGAGUUUGGUUAAUGGAACAAUAACAGCAAUUACAAUUGUACACACACACAAAGAAAAAACACCUAUAAAAAAUCGGAAAAAGUAAAAACAGUAAAGAAAAUAAAUGUCACCAUUUGGAAAAGACUAUGUAUACAAAGACACUUUGUGCCUGCUUUUCAGUUACUGAAGACAAUUUAUGCAUACGUUUGCUGGACAUGAUAUAUAUAUAAUGAAACAAAUAUCAAAAGAAAAUCUCUUCCCUCAUCUUACCUUUCCCUGACUCCUGGUGACAUAGCUCACAUACACAUAAAUACUGAUGAUGAAUGAAAAAAAAAUAAACAUUAAGUAACAGAGAUGGGUGUGAGUGUUCCGUGUGAGAAAAUUCAUGUAAAUGUCACAUUCUAACGAAAUUUAUGAUUUCUUUUUCAUCUUGA